ACAGAAGGUGUGGCUGACAUUCUGCUAAUGAACUCAGGAAGAAAGCGGAGAUAAAUCAGUCACCGUCAGUUGUUAUCUUUAUAUUAAUUAACCAUGAGUACUGCAAGUAAAGGUAGAACGGAAAAUAUUUCUAAUGUCUUAUUACGUGUACCUAUUCUAACCUACGCAAUCAUCACCGUUUCACUGCCGGGUGCAGCUCUGUUCCUAUGUUUUGUAACUGCCGUAAUAUUUCAAUAUGAAGACGUUAAUGACACUCAAUGUAAUGUCACAAACUUUGUGCCAUCAAUCAGUGCAGUAACAGGGAUCAGACCACAGACAUAUUUAUGGCGUAUUUGUAUAGCUUUACACUCGGCACCUAGAUUCGCUAUAGCUGUGGUAUAUUUUAACUACUACAAGAACCUCCAACACUUAAUCUCUACAAAAUAUCUCACAUUGUUUAAUGUCUUACUUCACGUCAACUUCUGGUUUAAUACUAUCGAGAAUUCUAGUCUGGUCGGAGUUACUUACAUCUCAAACAAAGAAAAUUAUCCUGUACAUGAGAAGAUAUUUAUAGUUUUUAUGGUGUUAUCUCUAUGUUAUAUGUUAAUUAAUACAAUAUUAUUUAGAUGGACAAGAACAUCAACAUUAACACCAGAUGAAAAACAGUCAUUUAAAUGGAAGACAAUAAUGUUUUUAGCUAAUUUCUGGGCCACCAUGGGCCUUCUUUAUUUCUUUGUUCUCCACCGAUUUUACUGUCGACCAUUAGCAUUUAGUGGUUUCUCUGUAUGUGAAUAUAUAAUCGGUUAUACAAACAUGGCAUAUCAUUUUACUGCCUAUCUAGAUUUUAAACAUUUAACAUUGGCUAUGGGAAGCUUGGAACCUGUUCAUUCUAAUGGCACCGUAUCCAAUAACAACAAGAAAAAAGAAUAAUAUCAUUGAUAUGAAGUCAUGGAACACUGGUGUUUUCCGAUAUUGUUGUACAAUAGAUCAAAGAUAAGAUGAGGAUUGAAUCAGAUCGGAAACAUUAAAGAAUUAAACCUCUUUGAUUGGAUCGUGAUAAGUAUUGAAUUGGGUUGAUCUUAUAUAUUUAUAUUAUUGAUAGGGCAGGGCUCUAUGUAUUAACAGAAAACAAUCACUGGUUUGAUUCUAAAAGCAAGAUGUUUCGACAAGUAUCCUCUUAUCUUUAUCAAAGUCAUCAAAAUUUUGUUCUGUUAAUGUGUUUCUCAAUCGCCAAAUGUCACUUCAAGAUUAGGCUUUAUACAAUUGAUUCAUUGUAGUUCGUAUCGUACCAUUAGUUUGUUAACGGAAGUCAGUUUCUUUAGUAACUUAAAGGGGAAGACAACGAUUUUCAACAAAGUUUCCAUAAAUUUUAAAUAUAUAUUCACGUGAUGUAAACAUUUAGCCAUGUGGCAUGAAUUGGCCCACAGCGUACUGUUCAAUAUGAGUGAAUUUACGCGACGGCUUUGUGUACUCUGCAUUAAAAAAAAAUAAUUUCCUUGUUUAUGUAAUCCUAAUAAACAGCCCCCUUGAUCUGGAGUUCGUCCAAGCGAACGAUGAGCCAUGAACAAAAUAGAGUGAUUAAUACAUCCCAAACUUGUAAGCUUACUAUAGAGACCAACGGUUUUAAUAAAAAUUAAUUUCUCGCUUACAAAAUUUUUUUGCUUGUGUUAUACAGGGGUUUAUUUCUGACUAUAAAUUUAAAAUUUAUGUAAACCUUAUUGAAAAUUGUUGGUCUUUGCCUUUAAAGUUUAAUUUUUGUCAUUAUGUAGAACACAAAAUCGGUUAUAUAUAUCUCAAAGCUGGUUCUAUCUAUAGAAGUAAAAUUACCAACAAACACUGAUUGUCAUUCCACAAAACAAAUCAACAUUAUUAAAUCAACCAUUUUAUUUUGGACCCAAAUUGAAGAGGUAUAGUACUAAGAUAUCUGUGAGUUUACUUGCACCAGAGACUUAUUUUCUGAUUAAUAUAACUUACUUUUAAACUACUUACAUGUAAUAAACACAAAAACAUAAUAUGCUACACAAUUACUAUUUUAAUUAAAGCAAUGUUUCAUUGAGAGUUACUUUAAUUAAAAUAGUAAUUGUGUUCCAUAUUAUACAUUUGUGUUUAUUAAGUACUAACUGUGGGAAUCAUAUGUAGGUAGCACAUAACUUAAUAGAGAAACAGCAAAAUCUUGCGUUUAUACUAAAUUACUAAAGAAAUGUGACAAAAAAUGUCUUUUGAGGUUACUUUUUAUCGUGACUGCAACUAAAUUUUAUGCACUAUGGAGGCUACCCGUUAUCUACUUCAUUUUGUUUUCGUUUUUAUGGAUUGAAUAGAAGUAUGCCCGUAUAUUUUUUUAUAUGAGAAUUCUCUUUAACAUUUUAUCAAUUUAGUACAAAUAUUUGGUGAAAUAAUGUGGAGACGAGUCUAUUGACAAGUGAUCAAAUCAUUAAUACAUACAUGAAAAAUAUAUUACCAAUAUUUGGUGCAAAGUGAAUCUAGAGAUCUGAUUUUCUUUAAAUGAUGAGAAAAUUGAAAUUGUUCUGGUGCAAUAAGUUAUUAAUUAGUAUAAGAGAUUAUAUAUCCGGUAGUUCCUAAAUUGUCUAAGAUUUUUCAGAUUUUAAGAAAACUGAUCAAUUAUCAUAUCUUCUCAUGUUCAUCACUGUAUAUAAAUUCAAAAUCAUUAGCCCUGUUCAAAUAUAAUUACUCUCUUAAUUCAGAUCAGUGUCCAAGUUUUCUGAAGAUAGUACCAGAAUAAAUGGCAAAUAGAGACUUCCAUAUCAUACACAUUAUAAAACAACAGUAGUCUUAAUAAAAAGCAUAUUAUUUCAAUAAAGAAUAAAAAUGAUAGAUUCAAUUGUAAGGUAUGGCAAGCUGAAUUUGCUGUCACUUUCUAUUGAUUUCAUGAGGCUUUUUUUUAUUUUUUAAUUGUCUCAUGAGAUCGGAAAGAUAACUCAUUGAUAGCAUCAACCUAACCUUUUUAUCUAUUUAGUAUUCUACAUGUAGAUUAUUAUCUGAAGAACACUUUUCGACCCUUAUUUUUAUUACAGAAAAGAAAUUAAAAACAAAUGGGGUUUAAUAUUGAACUUUUCUUCAUCGACUUGGUUAUGAAGAAGAUUCUUGGACUUGUUGUGAUAAGUUUAUAAAGGUGAUAAAUCAUAUUUUUGAACAGGGCUAUAAAAACAUUAUUUACUGGAUCAAUAUCAUAUAUAUGUGCAAUGUAAUGAAUAUAUAAGACUUUUUUAUUUACUGAAAAUUUUUGAUUUUAUUUUGAGAUUUCAUUAGACUUGCUUUAAUUUAUUUAAACUAUUGUCUUGUGAGGUUCCUCAAUGAAUCCUGUCAUGAGAAUUUGAUUUAAUGAGGGAAGAGAUAAAUGUUUAUGGAGUUCAAGUUGAAAGUGUUCCUGACAAAUUAUUGUAUAUGAUAAAAUAACCAGCAUAAUUUAAUGGGAGGAUAAUUAGGGCUUUUCCAUAUUUGAAUACCAGAGGGUAGGGAAUGAUUACCCCAACCACUUUUUGUAACUUCAGCCCAUGGUUUCAAACUCAGCCAUAUAUGCCAGUCAAGACAGUUUUUCUUUGAAUUUGACCAGAUUUUCUUGGGACCCUAAUGUUCCAUUUACACAGUCAGCCCCAGUCCCAGCUAACAAUAUAUGUAUUCUAUUAACUCUUGAGAAAUAAUUAAGGAUUUUUUUUUUCAUUUGGCCAGAAUUGCACCCAAAAUAUUACAAGUAUUUCUUUAGACUACCUCCACCAACAUAAUCCAGUUUAUCACUCAGCCCUUGUGGUAGUUUUUUUAAAAUGAAAUAUCUGUUGCAUUAGUCAGGGAAAUCAUCUUGCUAAAAAAAAAUAAACCCCAUACCUCAGUUUUUGCACAGUAAUUGUUCGUAAAGUUUUUCAAUAAGGACUAUUGCCACAAUGAGAUUAGUAACAAUCCUAUUACAUGGGCAUUAAGAUAAAACUGUUUAAAUUGAAAGCCGCAGACUGCCAUUUCAGUGAAUUCUAUUAAAGGCAUUUAUUAACUGGAUAGAGCAAUACUCAAAAACACAUACCUAUGGAAAACAGUUAUUUAUUUGGGCGAUGUGUCAAAGAUUAUUCUCUCAACGUUAUCAAGCUAAUGUUAAUGUUGAGAGAAUACCCUUCGAAACCUCACCGAAAUAGAUAAGUAGCUGUUUUUCCAUAAGCAUAUGUUUUUUUUAACUGAAAUAUUGUUAAGGUUGAAUGUCUAAAAGGGUGGUUCAAGUCAGUUCAGUAUUUAUAAAGAUACGAUGAAUUGACAAGUAUGUAUAGCUACAGACGGUAUGCAAACAAGCCAGCACCACCUAUGAGUGUCAGAUAAAAUCUUUUGAUGGACCUUUUUGUAAUCAAAUUUUAGUAUGGAUUAAGACGUGAAGACAAAAUGACAAUAUGUGGCUUUAAAUUUACUUUUAUCUUGACUAGCUUCACUUUCAGCAGGGUGUUUGAUAUUCUGCUUUCCUUGCAUGCUGGGAUUCAGCGAGGCAUGGCGUGUGAUUAUAGAGUAGUUCACUAAACUAUUGUUAUGUUACUUUUGCUUCUACUGAACUCAAAGCUUGUCUGAAAUAAAGAUACAUAACGAUUGUUUUGAGAUUUUGCAGGAUUUACAGAAUUUAUUAAAAAGAAUUUAUUAAACAGAAUUUAUUUAAAAUGAAUUUAUUAAAAAGAAUUUAUUACAAAUUUUACUUUAUAAACCUUAGAUAGGAAUCGAUUAUUUUAAAUUUGUGUAAUAGAAUUUAGUAGACAGUUAUGCAAGACAGGCAUUUAAAUAAAUACAUAAACAAUUGACCACCAUAGACUUGAUAUUUGUUUUGUACAUAGUUCAUUAUUAAUAAUAUUGAUAAUAGAAUUUCAAAGAAUUUAAUAAGAAAAGAAAAUGAAUACAGUUCAUUUGGGUCAAAACACUUCAAAAUAUACACAAAAAUUGUGAGAUUAUUGAUAAUUUUCAGAUUUGUUGGAAGAAAUGUCUUAAGUGAACAAAAUUAAUUGACUGGCAAAAUUUUGAACGUUUAAUUAAAAAGCCUGAGUAGAACUGUAAGUAUGUAGUUAACAUACUAUGUUUAUAUACUGUAGAUAUAAUUGUCAUAUAUUGUUAACAAUUAACAUACUUCUGUCAUAUAUCGUUCACUUAUAAAAAAUACUAUAUACAUUUCCAAUGGUUUACAUCUUAAAUUUGUACCAGUUUUUAACAAUCCACCAAUGAGAAGGUUGUAUCCUGGUUUAAGCUUCCAUGAAUAAGGACCCAGAAUUUCGUAGAAUUAGGGCAUAGGUAGUCCCUAAAUAGGAUUUUUGUUUAUAUAAUAUAUGUAAUAUAGACUUUAGAAAUUUAUAUAUAUAAUAUGUAAUACAGACAUUAGUGUUUGUAUAUUAUAUGUAAUACA